AUCGGAAAGAAUAAGUGCCAAUAAGAAUCCCUCUCGUCUUCUCUCUUUAUCUUCAAACCCUAACUGGGUAAUUCGACUGCGGUUUCUUCCUUAGGGCGCGGCAAUCUCAUUCAUUGAGGUCAAAAACCCUUAAAUCGAGUCAAGAAUGACAUCAACUAGUUUUAGGGAUUCCUCUCCUCACAUCCGACCCUUUGUUGUUAGUCCUUACGGUGUAGAUUCCUUGAAAUCGUAAGUCAUUCUUACUUUACUAACGAGACAGAAUACUUUUGUUGUCGAGAUUGUAUCUGUCUUUGAUCUUUCUGUCCAGUUAUUUUCGACUUUUCAUUUAAUCAUCUUCAUAUCUGAUCUUGGAAGAUAACGAGGUAUGUUUAAGUUGAUAUUUCCUUUUAUUGAGUACAUGUUCUUUGAUUUUAUGUUCUUGUUGCCUCAAACUUACCCCUUAAUUGUUUGUACUAUUCAAAUCUCUGCUACUUCUUUUUCAAUCAUCUUAUCUAUUUCUGGAUUGUAACAAGGCUCUAAUAAGUUGCCAUAGUGGGUAAUCCUCGAUUGAGUAUGUCUUGAGUCUUUGAUUCUCUCCAACCCAUUGUUGGUUCUAACAUGAGAGGGGAUUCCAUGAACUUGAUACUUGAAAGUCAAUCUUGAUAGACUGUAAAAGGAUGUCUACGUCUUUGUUUCUCUCAGUAGGGUAUAUAUCCUUUGAUUCUAAGCUCUUGUAUCCUCGAAAUUGGCCAUCUGUUUGAUUUUACCACUCAAUUCUCUGCCACCUUUGACUCAAUCAUCUGAUAUCUAAUUCUGGAUGGUAACGAGGUUAAUGUGACAUAGCAGGCAUGUUCUGGGGUAUCCCCCCUUCUAAGCUUAUUCUUAUAUUUCUGGCCCUUUGUUGGUGCUUAGGUGAGAGAGGCUUCCUUUGUUCUAAAAGUCAUUCAUAAUGUUAAUUCCCGGUUCCAUCAUCAUCCAUUUCUCAUAUCUCAGUCCAAGGUCUGGAGAACGGGGGCCUGAUGCUGGCAAGGACGACGGGGAGGGAUUUGAAGCUUUGCUGGAUCCACCAAUGAGAAUGAUGCAGUGAGGUUCUAGCUUCUGAUUUGGAUCCCUUCUCUAGCUCUUUUCAUUACCUAUUUCCUUCCUCCAUUCCUUGUCCAAGUGUGAUUGAUUAUUAUGUUUAUAAUUGUUGGAAAUAUGAUCUUAAUUUCCAAGCCCUAAUGGUAUAAUUUGUUUGGUUUGAGGCAGUGUUGUAAAAAACUUGCCUAGGCGGUGACUAGGCACCACCUAGGCUCUAGGUGGUGCCAUUCCGCCCGCAUCAGCCUAGGCUCUAGGUAAUGCCAUUUCAUCCGCAAAAAUUUAAUGUAGUUGGCAUCACUCAGAUCAAUUAAGUAUAUCCAAGCACUAUUAGGCGUGCUUAAUGGUACUUAGAGUGCUUGAGCAAAUGCUUUUUAUCAAUUUUUUAGCCUAAUAAAAUGAUAUUGUUUAA